AUGGCAAUAAAUCUUCUUCUUCCUCUUUCUGGAAUCGUUGUAAUUCUUAGCUCUGUGUCUAUAAUUGAAUCUACAACAUUGUUAACCAAUAAUGAUAUAACUAAGUCUUUCAAUCGGAGUAGUUUUCCAGAAAAUUUUAUUUUUGGAACAGCUUCAUCAGCUUACCAGGUUGAAGGUGCAGCAAAUGUUGGUGGAAGAGGACCAAGCAUAUGGGAUACUUUCACACAUAAUUAUCCAGAAAUGAUAAAUGACAGAAGUAACGGAGAUGUAGCCGUCGAUGAAUAUCAUAUCUAUAAGAAAGAUGUUGAGAUCAUGAAGGACGUGAAUAUGGAUGCUUAUAGGUUCUCCAUCUCCUGGUCCAGAAUACUGCCAAAAGGAAAACUUGGUGGUGGUGUAAACAAAGAAGGAAUAAAUUAUUACAACAACCUUAUCAAUGAGUUAUUAACCAAAGGUCUUCAACCUUUUGUAACCCUUUUUCAUUGGGAUCUUCCUCAGACACUUGAAGAUGAAUAUGGUGGCUUUCUAAGUUCAAAUAUAGUGAAUGAUUAUCGAGAUUAUGCAGAACUUUGCUUUAAAUUAUUUGGAGAUAGAGUAAAGCAUUGGAUCACAAUGAAUGAACCAUGGAGCUUUGCCAAACACGGUUAUGCUGAAGGGACAUUCGCACCUGGACGAUGUUCACAUUGGCAAAACCCUAAUUGCACUGGUGGAGACUCUGCCACUGAACCUUAUAUAGUGGCUCAUAAUCAAUUACUUGCUCAUGCAUCUGCUGUAAAUGUCUACAAAACUCAAUAUCAGGCUUCUCAAAAAGGAAAAAUAGGGAUAACACUAGUGUCUUAUUGGAUAAUGCCACUCUAUGAAACAGAACUGGAUCAUCAUGCUACACAAAGAGCCAUUGAUUUUAUGUUUGGAUGGUUUAUGGAUCCAUUGACAAUAGGAGACUAUCCAAGCUCCAUGCGAUCCUUGGUAGGGAGUCGGUUACCAAAGUUCUCAGCAUAUCAAGUAAAGCUUGUAAGAGGGUCUUUUGAUUUUAUUGGUUUAAACUAUUAUGCUUCAUACUAUGCAACCAAUGCACCUGAACUAAGUGAAGAAAAGUCCAACUACAUCACUGAUCCUCUUAUAAUUCUUACACAGGAGCGCAAUGGAAUACCUAUUGGUCCAACUUCUGCUUCAUCUUGGCUGUCAAUUUAUCCAAAGGGACUUCAUGAAUUGUUGCUCUAUAUUAAAAACAAUUACAACAAUCCUUUGAUUUACAUCACUGAAAAUGGCAUGGAUGAUUUGAAUGAUCCAACAAUUUCGCUUGAGAAAGCCCUUGAAGAUACAACUAGGAUUGAUUAUUACUAUGAUCAUCUCUAUUAUCUUCAAAAUGCAAUAAGGGAUGGCGCAAAUGUGAAAGGAUAUUUUGCCUGGUCAUUGCUGGACAACUUUGAAUGGAUUUCAGGUUACACCUUGAGAUUUGGAAUUUUCUUUGUAGAUUACAAUAAUAGCUUCAAAAGAUAUCCAAAAAUGUCAGCCAUUUGGUUUAAGACUUUUUUACAACAGAAAGUAGUUACACAUAGUGAUUCACGCUAA